CCAUGGCUUACCUCAAGUCACUCCAUGUGUCCGUGGGAGUACUGAGCAUUUCUGGCGGCUCUCUCCUGCUUUUGGUGAACAGCUAUGCCAGCUCAACAGAAAAAGACUUCAUCCCCCAGACUGCACUGGGGAUUCUGCUCCUAAUAAUUUCAGCACUCUUAGCUUAUGCAGGGAUCCGUCGCAGUUUGUCCCACGCCCAGCUGUUUUCCUCUCUGUGUCUGACUGUCUCUGCUCUGUGGUGUGGUUCAGGUCUGGUCUACAUCCUGGUGGGCCAGGGUGUGCUGCCGUCCACAGAGCUGAGAUCUUCUCUGGUCCCAGGCCUGGCAGCGUUUACUUUAGCCCUGCUCAUCAUAGGUGGUAUAGCGGUCAUUGCAAAAAAAGCUGUUCUUUUUCUUAUAGCUGUUGGCAUUAGCUUAGCAUGUGCCCAUCAAAUUGCUGGUUUGUCAGCUGCAGGUUUUGGUCAGUCUGCCACAGCUGCAAACUACCUUCUGGUCUGUUUAGUGGGAGUUUACUUUGGCUUUGGACGUCUGUUGUCCACAAUUACUCAAGGUAAAGUUGAGCCUCCAGGAACAAGCUUGAAAAGCAAACCUGAUUUAAAAACGGAGCAGCACAAAGGGUGUGUAGAUCUAGUACUGGUAGGUCUGGUGAUGAACUUGCUGUCUGCCUCAGUGUUAGCCUGUCCUCUGUUAGGUGUGGUCCCCCAGCUCUCCGUGGGUCAUGUCCCUUGGCUAUGGACAUCAGGAGUCUUUCAGCUUGCAGUGUGUGUCCUCCUCUACAGAGCCAUGGACACACUAGCUGCCACUUUUUACGGCUUCACUGCUCUGCUGAAAUUUGCAGAGGGCUACGGCGCUCUUCUAUCAUUCUACUCAAUCCAGCCUUCCUCCCCUGUUCCCUUCCCUGUCGUCUUCUCUGUGCUGUUCUCCAUCCUGGCUCUGUUCAGCUGUCAGAAAAGCAUGCUGGAGGGGCUUUACCACUUGUUUUUUGCUGCUUAUUGUAUUGCCAUUGCAGCUCAGCCUCAAGCUUUCUUCAAAGGAGGCACACAGGGUGUACAGGGAGCCAUAUUUGUAAUCUCUGCUGUAAUGCUUUUAAUCAGCUCUUUUAAUUUUGUCUCCGCUUCAAAGAUUCCCACAGGGCAGGGCUAUUUCAAAAUGUUAGUAACCAGAAUUUCAGGUGUUACUCUCAGAGCAGAUAAAGAGCUGCAUGCACCCCACCUGGGCUACUCCAAGUAUGCAGAUGCAGAGGUGUUAGGCCUUGCUUGCAGCGUUCUAGCUGCUUUUGCAAUGACAGCCUCAGUCGGUGACAGAAAUCCUCUGUCGGUGUUGAUUCUUCCCUGGGUGGUCAUGUCUGGAGGUGCUCUCGUGCUAUUGUGUGGCUCAGUAGCUUUUGCACGAGGUAAAACCUUUGAGAGCACAGUUUUUGUCCUCUAUGGUGUGAUGUGGACAGUGUGGGGGCUGACACGAUACGGAGGCCUGUAUGGUGACACCAGGAGCUUUAAUGUUGCUGUUGGGAUCAUUAGCUUUAUGCUGUUUAACUGUUUAGUGACAGCUGCAGCGCUCUUUUUAAAUGUAGCCUGGUUUGCUUACGCCCUUACCUUCCAGCUCAUCCUCAUUAGCUUCUUGCUGGAUGCUGUCGGAGCACUGCCUCACGGUUAUGACAUAGGAGUCACUAUCAUCUUUGGCCUUGUUAGUUUUUACUGCUUCCUGGCGCACAUCUUUAACAGCACCUUCCAGAGCCCACAGAUCCCCCUAGGAAAGCCUUUGGUCAAGCUGAGCGGAAUGGGUGGAGGAGCAGAUGUCUGUCCGCAUGUAUCAGCCCGCAAGGCCUCGUCUGUCAAUCAGAUUGCAGAAAUCAUGAAAAAUGGCGGCAUAUGUGGAAUGCCGACUGACACCGUCUACGUGCUAGUGGCAGCUUGUAACAGACCCGAUGCCGUCGUCAAAGCUUACAAGGUGAAGAAGCAGGCGCAGGACCGACCCAUGUCCCUGUGGAUCUCCUCCAUAAAGCAGCUGGAGCCGGUGCGUCACCUGCUGAGCCCUCUGCUGCUGAACUUCAUGGAGGCUGCGUGGCCCUCCUCCAUCAGCAUGGUCAUACCAAGAGGCCCGUGGAUGGACACCUUUGGUUUAGGAGAUGCUGCCAAACACAUCGGUACUCCACAAAGCAUUGCGAUCAGAAACCCAGACUGCUCUGUGGCCACACACCUCAUUAAUCUGGUGGGGCCCAUCGCUGUGACCUCAGCCAACCCUACUGGCGAGGCCGACACAACUCACCACAACCAAGUUUACGCCAAGCUGGGGAACAAGGUGGAUGGAGUGCUGUGUGAUGGGCCUUCCCCAGAGAACAUUGCUUCUACCGUGGUUGACUGUACAAAAAUUGAAACAGGGCACAUUGGUUUCUUCAGAGUGGGUCUUAUUCCUAAAUCAAAGGUUCUUCAAAUCUUCGAGGAAGUUCAGAGGCAGCACAUCCAGGGGCAGACAAAUCCUGCUUUUGAAUAUGAUCAGUAUCUGCCUGACACACAAAGUGACAGAAGUUCAGAAGAGAACAAUAGGGUGGAAACAGGAAGAGAAUCUAGAGUCGAGACAUCUACAGUUUCUCCUGAGGAGAGUCCCGAUCUCCAAAAUGAGUCAUAAUACAGUUCAUGAAAACACUGCCAAACAUGUUAAUCAUGCAUGCACAAACAACAGCUUUUACUAACUUGUAAAUUAGUGUUUGUAGAGGCUUCUGGUACGACCACAUAUGGAAAAAAAAUCAACAAGCUUCUCAAUGUUCAUAAAUAUGGCAAUACAAUAAAGAGUAAGGUCUUUUACCUGCUCUUUGUGUCUGCAAGUGUCUUCAGAUUACAUUUGUUGUGAAUUGGCGCUAUACAAAUAAAGAUUGAUUGAUUGACUCAAACACACUAAUUUAGUUCACCUGUAAAAUGAUUACGUGAUAUUAUUUAUUUUUGUAUAUGUAAUAAAAAGUGAACAUUGUUUUAUA